UUUUCUCUGCUGCACUCUGGGCUGGUUUCUAUUCAAAUGUGGGUCAGGGGUGAGGAAGCCUAACGUCAUAAGCUUGCAACAUGGCGUCCCGAAGGCUGUGAGAUGAGCAAGAGGAUGGUAAAGAACGCUUGAGAACGAUCCUACCGAUGUAAUAAGCUUCAGGUGGUGCUCGUGUAGGAAGAGAGAGAAGGAAAGACGGAAGGAGGAAAUGGAACUGCCAAAUCAUGCCAAACAACUGCUGCUGCAACUCAACCAGCAGAGAGCCAAGGGCUUCCUGUGUGAUGUUAUCAUCGUGGUGGAGAAUGCGCUCUUCCGUGCCCACAAGAACAUCCUGGCGGCAAGCAGCAUCUACUUCAAAUCUUUGGUCCUCCACGAUAACCUCAUUAACCUCGACACAGAGAUGGUUAACCCCUCUGUAUUCAGACAAGUUCUGGACUUCAUCUACACUGGCAAGCUCCUGUCCUCAUCAGACCAGAGCAGUGAGCAGAACUUCAGUGCCCUCUUAACCGCAGCCAGCUACCUCCAGCUCCAUGACCUCGCUGCUCUGUGCAGAAAGAAGCUCAAGCGCAGUGGUGGGAAACCCCUGCCAGGUAAACCCUCCACUCCAGGUCCCCUUAGCCGCUUACGCCUCAACAACCAGCGCCUUUCCUCUUCUACCCCUGCUGGCCCCAACAACCACUAUCCUCCAACCCCUUCCGAUACUGACCAAACACAGCCAGAUGAAGGCCUUCGGGACAAGCUCUCAGAUGAUGAGAUGUUUGUUGGCAGCUCUGGGAGAAACGGGAAUGGGGGCAACGGCAGCAGUAACGGUAACCUCAGUAGUGGAGGAAGUGCUGGGGAGCCAGACCUUGGACUAGACCUGUCCAAGAAGAGUCCUCCUUCUGCGGGCACAGCCACUGAUGCCCUCAGCCCGCACAGCAACUCCCAAGAAUCCCCUCAAUCUGCCUCAGUAUCCACAACCAACAGUGCCUCACUGGACGACUCUUCUACUACCCUACCAGGUGGUGACACCUGCGCCUCAGAGACCAUGGAGCUCAAUUCCUCCUCUAAAACUACAGAGGAAACUCAAAACCAGCCUGAUGGGCCUCCACCGCAGAAAAAAUCCCGGCACGGUGCUCGCAAGAAUGAAUGGCCUAAGAAGGAGGCUUCAGGGUUGAAGUCUGAAGAUCACGACAGGCCCCUGGUCAAUGGUGUGAUUGUGGGUCCUAAAGAUGGCCGCUCCUGUGGGAUUGGAGGGGGCAGUGGUAGCAGCUUUGCAUCUGACCAGUCUUUCCAGUGUAAAGAUGAGGAAGAAGGAGGAGAGAACGGCCAGGACCACAGCGAGGAAAGUGGUCAAAGUGAUGGGGAGAGUGCAGGAGGUGGAGGAGGAACAGGAGGGGGACACCACAGCGCCAACUAUGUGUACCGGCAGGAAGGUUUUGAGCCAGCAUUCGGAGACAACCUCUAUGUGUGCAUUCCCUGUGGUAAAGGCUUCCCCAGUUCAGAGCAGCUCAACGCUCACGUGGAGACACACACUGAGGAUGAGCUCUACAUCAAAGAGGAGGGAGGGACUUUUGUGAAAGAGGAAGAUGAGGAGGAGGCUGAGGACCUCUCUGCCCCUGUAGGUCCCUCCAGCUUUGGCUCUGAAACGCGUCCGUUCAAGUGUACAGUCUGCAGUAAGAGCUACAAAGACCCAGCGACGCUGAGACAACAUGAAAAGAGCCACUGGCUGACGAGGCCCUUCCCCUGCAACAUCUGUGGCAAAAUGUUCACCCAGAGGGGAACCAUGACACGUCACAUGCGCAGCCACCUAGGCCUCAAGCCAUUUGCAUGUGAAGAGUGUGGCAUGCGCUUCACACGCCAGUACCGUCUGACAGAGCACAUGCGUGUCCACUCUGGAGAGAAGCCGUACGAAUGCCAGCUAUGUGGAGGGAAGUUUACCCAGCAGCGCAACCUCAUCAGUCACCUGAGAAUGCACACCUCACCCUCUUAGAAAUGCGUCAAGCCAAAGAACUCUGGGAAUAGAAAAAAAAAAAGAAACAUUUCUCUACCUUUUUUCCAUCUCAAAAGCAAAGAAAUGCACGCACACACACACACACACACACACACAUUCACAUGCAGACACAAACAGUUCUACGCAUUAAUUCCAGUUUAGCCCCGGCUAAGUGAAUGAUGUAGCUGUUAGCCACAACACGCUCUUGGUGAUGGUGGCAUCUUCAAGUCAUCAUUUAUAUCAAAUGACGUCUGCUCACCUCUCAGGAGUUCCAGAGGGACGAUUUACUCCUGUCUCUCUCCAAAGUCACGAAGCCAUGGUGAAGUGGCACGACUUCUGGUCUGUUAAAUGUGAAUGUGGGUACUGAUGUAAUGUCAAGCCCCCUCACCUCAUACCCUUCAGCAGCCUUCCUCUCUUCUACCUUUGAGCAUUGAAGUCUUUGAGUUUUUCAGAUUGUUCCUCAAGCAGAUGAACUGAAGAGUCCCCUCUGUACUCCAGAGCUAUUUUGACCAAAAAAGAAAACCCGUGCAAACAAUACUGGCAAUAAUUCAGCAAAAAGAUUAUUUUUACCCUGACAGCUUUAUAUCCUACAUUAUCUUGGUGAUGGGUAUCUGUAUGUAAGAAGAGGUUUAACUGGGUUUGGGACCAUCUCCAUGCUUUAACUGAAAGUCCUGGAAGAAGGGUCAUUUUGGGAUGACAUUGGAUUAAGUUUUAGUUUUAACAGAUGACAAAUAUUCAAAGUCCUCUCUACGGCUGUUUGCGUCAAUGUAGAGAAGGUUUUCAUUGUUUUCAGUUUUUGCCUGCUAGUGCUGCCAGGAGUGACUCCUGGUUGGAAAGAUGAACCCCUUGAGGUACUUGUUUUACUUAAAGAACUUGUAAUGUUUCAGUGAAUGUUUAAACUGGAAGGUCUUGGGAUGUUUCUUGUGGAGGGGAGGGGUGUGGGUUUGGGUUUGGGAGGGUGGUUUAAUGGGGAUAGGGAGAGGGUGUUUUAGACUGAACUUUAUGCUCAGUGGGUACGUUUAUUUUUCUGUCUGUAUAGCUUUCCUCCCCUCAGAAAAAAAGAAAAGUCUAUUUAUAUAGGCUUGUGACCUCGCUACCUCUGAUUACUCUUACGAAUUCUAUGUUGAUUAGUUGAAAGUUCCUAUGUAAUUAAUUGUAAAAAGUGUGUAGAUUAUGGUAACUUUUCACCUAAUGCUUUAACCUGCCCAUCUCUCAACACAGGUUUUUGAUGCUCAUAGAUUUUACACAUUAAUAUUGUUUUUAGCUGUUGUUUAUACUUGUCAAAUAUAGCUUUUUCAGGUGCCCUGUUCAUUGUGGCCCCACUUCAAAGUGUACUGUAGCUUCCUGCCUGGAGCAAGUAGUGCUUAGUUGGUUAGUUUAGAUGUAUAGUGUUCCAAAGAUCUUAUGAAUGUUGAGGAGAACAGAGCUAACUAACAAACAUUGCUAGACAAGUUCAUAACCAAAGUUUUAAAAAGAUGUACUUAAGAUAUAUAGCAUACUAAAUUAUUUCACUUUUGAUUUUCUUUUUGCUGUAUAAAACAAAUUAUGAAUUAUAUUCUAAGUCCAGACAAAGAAGUUCACUCUUUUGAUGGAGUUUUGGCCAAUGACUCUGAGACUGACGAAGAUUCUUGUGGUUUGCAAGGAAAGCUUGUGCUGAUUGGUGGGCCGGUAUAAUGUAAACUUUACCACCUAACGAAAAACUGGUAAAGUUUAAAGACAUGUUCCCUGAAUGUGUUUUUUUGUUUCUUUUCGUUUGUAUCCAGAGUCCUUAUCACUUUAUAUUCCCUGACUUUAAAAACAGGACUUGAUGACAUUUUAUGUGUUCUGUUCAGACCAAAAAAAAAAGAAAAGAAAGGAAAAAAAAAGAUAGGAAUUAUAAUCAGAGUUUUAAUGUGAAGUUCAAGUUGCUUGUUAGUUUUUUGAGCCAGACUUGUGAAAACUUGUAAUAAGAAGGGAGAAACAGAGAUGCACUGGACAGCUGGACAACUCGUUGGUCUCCUGCAGCAUCCUUUUGUUUCUGAUUGUAUUCCAUUAUAUCACAGAAUGACUUUAAAUUAUUUUUAAACUAUUUUAAUCUUUACCUCAUCAUAAGCAACCACAAGUUGGAAAUGGCCCCUCUGUUGUCUGUAGGUUUCACGGAAACCUGUCCAGUGUAUCGCCUCUUAACAGUUCCACUGUGGAGCAUGAACCUUCACUACAAGUUUUUGGUAUAGGCAUUCCUCUGUUAUGUUGGUUUAUCUGUCCUCUUGAUUUUAUUUUUUAAUUCCUCCUUCGUCCUCAUGUUAUGGUCUGUGAAAUGUUUAUCAUAGGGAUGCAGCUACAGUUACACAAACAUCACUACCGUUUUAAGGUACCUGCGUCCUGGACUCCCAGAGUUGUUACUUGGUUUUGUUGGAUGUCGGUGUCUUGCUGUUGAGCAGUUGCUGUUUAGUGAUUGCAUGGUACAUCUGAUUUCUUCACACUCCCCAACCCCCCCCCCAACCCACAAACAUGUUAUUUAUCGCCUGAUACAUUGUUGCUUGUGACCUCUUCUAGCAUAAGAGGGAGUCCACAAUGCAUUGCCUUCAAACGUUAUUGUACUUGUCAGCACUUACUGCAGUACAGCGUAAAGUCUGUAAUGCAAGCAGUGUUUUUGUACAACAAGAUCUCUAGCCAUCUCUGCAAAAGAUUUUGCAGCUGCAUUUGAAUGCUUGCUUGUAUGACAUAACGAAGAAAGAAAAAAAAAAUACGAACUCCAAACUGUGACCAUACUACUACUACUACUACUACUACUAUUACUACUACUACUAGUACUACUACUAUUCAAAUACUUCAGGGAUUGUUCUGCAUCUGUGAAUGCAGGCUCUCAGCUACAUUUGUAAGAUAUAGCAUUGUAUCAAUUUCUCUGUAUUUUAAUCAUGGGAAAAGCAAAACACUAGUUUCAUAUUUAAGACAAACAGGGGGGUACUUUUUCAACUAACACAAAAAGCCUUGACAAAGGCGAGGCAGCUCAAAACAAGUCUACAUUUUAGUUAGUUACACAGUAUGUUCAGAAAUAGUUGCAAAGUUGUACAAAGAACUAAGAAGAAAAAAAAAAGCUCAUACCCAAAUCCACAAACUAUUUUUUAAACCAAAGCACAUUUGAAUGAUUAUGGAACCAUGUGUGGCUCUAAAAAGAAACAUAUGUAUUUAUCUCAUUGUUUACAUAAACUUUAACAGUUUUACAGACCUCAGUGGAGGCUCGGCCAACCAGGGAGGUGGGUUUUGUGUGGGGUUUUUUUGUUUUGUUUUGUUUUGUUUUGUUUUGUUUUGAAAAGAAGAAGAUGUUUUUCCACAGAGGUUGCUGCCAAAACAAAAGCAUAGCAUUAAAGAUGGGGUGAACUACUGCAUAUUCAAUUAAGGGGAGGGUGUAUGGUUUAGGGGCACUCCCUCCCCAAACUCCCCUCCUUGCCAGCUGGCUUUGGGGGUGACCCUGCGCCCCAGUGCUCCUGCCCUCUGGCCUGUCUUCAGAUGGGACCACAGCGACGAGGGGGUGGGCGAGCAGUGCGUCCUUGACGUAUCAAUCAAAAGGCAUUGUUAGUCAGGGUCUUUAGCUCAAUGUUGUGUCUCUGUGUUUACCCAAAUGCACUUGAGGACUACCUCUGCUGCGUGGGUCUCUUAAGAUGUAGGAGUGGGUGGGUGAUGCUUGAAUGGUUCGGGUGGUUUUAGUCGUCUAACAUGGUACAUCUCUUAUGCUGGCGGUCCUUGAAACCUAUCUGGAGAAUGUAGCUUUUGAUUUGUGUUCACUGCAUGUAAACAGGCUUCUCUGGUAGUCUUAACUGUGAAUGUUAUUGUCCUUUUUUUCUGCUUUUAUGAUGGUUUGAAACUUUUUUUUUUUUUUUUUUUUUUAGCUGCCUGUGUUUUGUGGGUAAAAGCAGCACAAACCUCUGGCUGGCCGAGCCUCAAACAAAGUUGGUGCAAACACUUAUUGACAGUGUUCUUUUUUUAUCAAAUGUCUAUUGUCAGUGAUGAAUGUAUUUAUUUCUGGGCCUGCCCUCACCUCUUCAAAGAAUUUGCUCAGUGUGUGAGACUGAGGUGGAGGCAGGACCCCCCUUUUUUGUUUUAUUUUUGUUUUGAGGAUUUCAAGCUGAGAAUCAAAAAUGAGACACAAAACAUAGCCAUUAACCACAAUCUGUGAAGUUGACCUUUUUUUGUGGGAGAACUGACUUUAUUUUUUCCAACUCAAAGAAAAUGGUCUAUGGCAUUUAUUAUCUUCUCAGUUAUACCUGACAGUCUGUAGGGUUUUUAUUUCAUGUAAUUCACUAUGGGUGUUUUUUUGCCCAUGCGUUGCUGAGUUCUCGCUGAACGAACUGCACACUGGGGGAGUUGAACUUUCACCUCUUGUGUGUGUCUGUGGAUGCAGGCAGGACACUGUCACUGCCUGUACAGAGGGGAGACUACUGUAUCUUUUCAAGCUUGCUCUCCCUGGGUGUUGCCAUGCUGCUGACACGAAAGAAAAAAACCCAUUUACACAGCAGAAACAUGCACAUAAUCCACACUUCGCUCCUCUGAACAGUAGUGUUCUCCUCUUGACUAUUGUUACGUUUCUUGUCUUAAACCACUCGCCACUUCUUCCAUCUCUUUUACACGAUGUUCAAGUUUUUAGUGUCUGUUAGUUCCACAUCGGAGGAUUUUAGAAACGUUGGAUGAGAUAGCUUUACUAAGUGCACUUUGUAUGUUUUCCAAAGCCUCCGGAAAAGAACCCGGACGCUCUCAUAUCAGUUCCGAUUUAACUGACGGUUUACUCUUUGUCUUUCUCUUCUUACCUCAUCAUCGUUGCUGUGUUUGUUAAAAUAUCAUAUCAUUAUGCAGUGUUAACAAAGCUUUAAAAUUGCAUAUACAAAGCAGGAAACUCAACCGAGAAACUGUGCUCGGCUGCAGGCGUUCAAGUUUCCAUCUCAUUUCUUGGUAUUAUUGUAGUUACACCUUUUCGCGGUUGUUACUUCUACCAUCCUCUGCAGGCAUUUUGUAUUGUAGAGGGGCUGGUCUGUCCAGUUAUUAUGGAGAUGCUCCUUCUUACCUCGGCAGACUAAACCAAAGCCAGUUUUAAAAUGGCCUCCAGUGCCAUUAAACCCUGCCUAAGCUUUAUUGUCCCUUGCUUUAUCUCAGAUACACCUGACCCCUGCUUUAGCCCUUUGACCCUCUGUAAUCUUUGUUACUGCGGAGGGGGACUGCUUCCUCUGCUCUGCUGCAUUUUUUUCAGUAUUUACUGUACCUCCAGUGACAAUGUACAGUAGUGACAAAAAACAGAAAACACCAAAUUACCUCAAAACGUUCAGUGUUUACAGAAAUGUGCUAUCUUGCCAUUACAUGUAUACUUUUUUUGCCGUCCAUCUGUAACCAAAAUACCCUUUUUGAACUAGUUUAGAGCAGCGUAUUUUCAUACAGAACUUCUCAUUUACUUAUGUUUAUGAAUUUAUAAAGGCACAGUGUCACCUUGAUGUGCACUACAUUAAUGGAAAGGCAUAAUUAGCUGCUAAAAAAAAUAAAACACUACUUGAAGAGUUGAUUCGUGGAGCUGCCCAUGAGGUGGGUGUAUCAAGCUUCCUCUCUGGUUUUCUUCAGGAACAGCCUCUCAAUAAUGUAUCAGGAUCCAUGGGCUGAGAGGCUCUGGAAUGGACAUGUAGGGUCUUUGCUGAUGAAUAAUUAAAGGGCAAGAAGCCCUCCCCCUUGGCAAACAGACUUCACAUGCAAAGGUGUACACGCCCAGGUGCACUUUUGAUGGCAUGUAUACGCAUAAACCUCCACCAGUGCAAACACGGAUGCCACCGUCUAGACUUCAAGCACCACCUAACAUGCACACACCAGUAUUUAAGGUGAAAUUCGCUGACCCUUUUUGUGGCUUUUGGCAGCACCCAGGCAGGGCUCUCUCUUUAUCUCCACUCCUCCUCAGAGAGCUCGUAUUCAGGUCAGAGCCGCCACCGUGCGUAGCGAUGGGGCUCGCAAACUCAAAGUGUCAUAAAAGUGUAAUACAGCUGACCUCAGCACUCACAACCUUGCAGUCUUAAUGUACAGCAGUGAGGAAAAAUAAACUGUUAUUUUAUGAUCUUUUCAUUAAAAGCUUGAUUGAAAACCAAAA